AUGACAUCCAUAGUGUUUGGGGCCACAGGCCUUUGCGGAAAGGAAAUAUUGAAACAUGCAGACAAGCAGCCAAACUUGACCAAACUUGUAUCUGUUACAAGAAGACCAUUUGAUUUCGAAAGUGAAAAGCUUACAAAAAGAGUGGAAAGUGAUGUUGACAAAUAUGGUGAAAUCAUCAACGAAGUUAAACCAAAAAUAUGUUUCUCUGGCUUAGGUACUACUAGGGCUGCUGCAGGUUCAGCGAAAGCCUUUGUUGAUAUCGACUACGGUAUCAACUACAAGAUUGCUAAAGCCGCUAAAGAAGCGGGCGUCGAAACAUUUGUUCUUAUUUCAAGUAUUGGAGCAAAUGCUCACUCUCCAUUUUUAUACAUGAAGACGAAGGGUAGAUUGGAGGAUGAUGUGAUUGCGUUAAAGUUCCCACGAACCAUCAUCUUGAGACCUGGCCCGUUGUUGGGAGAGCGUGAGAAAUCGAAAGGCAUGCUUGAUAAGAUGAAUGUUUUCGUGAACAAGUUUUUCCACGGUACUAUCAUUGGUCGGUGGACGCUCUGUCCCAUUUACGGCUCGGAAGUUGGUAAAGCUGCAGUGCAAUUAGCGCUGGAGAAAUUCAGUACCGCAGAAGGUCCGGUAGUUGAAAUAGUCGGAGGCAAAGAGCUUUUGGAUGUUGCUUCCUCUAAUUAA